AUGGAUGAUCUGCAACAGCUAAAGAACAAAUUGACGGCAUUAAAAGAGCAGAACCAGAAAAAGAAAACUGAUAUCUAUCAACUUCAGCAGCAACUAUUUGACUACAAAGAGAAUUUUUCAAAUUUAUCAAAAAUUAAUAAAAAUGAUACCGAAAAAAUCGAAUUAAUGAAUCAAUAUAUUGGUCUACAACACAUGAUUAGCGAUGUUAAUGUUACAAUUGAUCAUAGAACCUUUUGUUUAAAUCAAAUGAGAACAACUUUGAACGCAGAAAAUAAAGAGAUCGCUGACAGAAAGAAGGAAAAUGAUAGCAUCAAAGAACAGAUAGAAUCCAACAAAAAAUUCCUUGAACAUAUUGAAAUACAAAAUAAAAAUCUUCAAAAUGAUGACUGCUUUAGUCAUCUUGCUGACAUAGACCGUAUUACAACACAAGUUCCAAUAAAGUAUAAAGAAGUUCAAUAUGCAAAUGAACAAUUAUCUCAACUUCAAACAGAAUAUACUAAUUUAAUAAAUCAAAACGAUACUGAAAUGAAUCCACAUCUAUUGCAUACAUUCCAAAUGUGCAAGAAACAGUCAAAUUUCCAACUUACUUGUCUUUCAAUUGGAUUUGAUUCCCAAACUUUGGUUUCUGGCUCAAAUGAAGGUAAUUUGACACUUGUAAACUUCAGAGAUGUCACUACUCCUAGCGUUUACAAGACAGCGGCCACUCCAAAUACGAUAAAAAUGCAUCCAAAUGAUCCUUAUUGUCUAAUUUCAUGCGACAGUGGUCUGAUAUGGAAAUAUGACUUUUAUACAUCCACUUUAUCGCAGCCAUUUCAAAUACCUUCUAAGACAGAUUUCUUAGAUUUAGAUUUUUCUGGCAGAUUCGUUGUUGCGUCAUCCAGUGACAGGACAUUGAAAGUAUUGGACAUGACAAGACAAUAUUUGAAUACAGUACCAACACCUUUCCUUACUAACUCCAUCGCUUCAUCUUUGGAUGAAAUUGUUUUUUGCGGUUGCAAUGAUGGAACUUUGGCUCUGUUCGAUACGAGGCAAGGUAAAGUCACUUACAAGGAAAAGGCUCAUGACCAGAAGAUACUCAUGCUCUGCUUACCAAUAUUCGGAUACGAAGUUUAUACAAUUGGAGGAGAAGGAUUUUUGAAGUGUUUCGAUGUCAGAAAAAUUGGAACCGAAACCGUUUUUGACAUCGACCUUGGAAGGGAUCUUGGAAGGACAAUGGCCGUAUCUCCAUGUGGAAAAAUGAUUUGCGUAACAUCUGAUGAUAACAGUUUCACAAUUUUCGACAAAAAUGGAAAACAAAAUUUCAGAUCUCCGGCUGGAAAUGCAAAGAUAGCUGCUUUGACAUGCGCAGAAAACAUGGUUAUAGCAGGAAACGUUAAUCAAUCAGUUCAACUCUGGGAAAUUUGA